AUGGCUUUGCAUUGCGCUAUUAUGGAUUUGGAUUGCGCCAUUACGGCGAUCACUGAAUUGGCCUGUAAUAAUAUAACGCGCAAUCAUUGUGCGACACAUGCCAGAGCGGUCAUAGGUAUGGACUACACAUCUUUAUACAAAAACAGGUCUAGUGCACUGAGGCUAAUAACCAACACAGUGAACAAAGUUUUUGUCAAGCUGUGCAAAUUGCUUCACCUGGUUUUAGCGCAACCUACAACUUCAACAAAACUUAUGACUAAAAUGCCUCAACAUGGAUCGUCAUCUCAACAUGGAUCGUCAUCUCAAGAUCAUUUAGGUACGAGUAAGGAGCCUUUUGGUAACUUGUUCUAUCACUGUGGUGAAAGUCCUGGCGGUUCUGAAGAUUCUGAUAGUUCGUUUGGUUCAAAAAAUUCUCUUGGUGGCCUUAUGGACAUGCUGGCGAUGAAAUAUAGGCAUAGGAACGACGACAAAGAAAUGAAAUGGAUAUCUGAGGAUGAUAUGCUUUCUUCAUUUGAAGAGGAUCCUGAGCUCUGUAUGAGAGCCGUGUGUGCUCUCCAUCGACAGCAGAUAUCCGAAUAUGAAAUAUCAGAAAAGGGGUUGUUCCAUUUCUCUGAUGUGCUCAGGAGCAAGCUUUUCUUGCUCGAGGCUGCAAGUGCACAGGGCAGGACAGCCAGCCAGCAAAAUGUUUGUAGUUAUUGCGAAGACUGCAAAGGGGACUUAAAGAAGUCCUUGAAAGAGCUGGAGAUAUUUGAUUCGAAAGGGGUUGUUGACUGCAAGAGGAUGGAUAGAAGAUACUCGACUCAGUUAUUCAGUGUCUACCGAAACGGAAAAGAUCCUUUUUUCCUCCCAGCUACAACUGCUAAGUGA